AAUUUGGUGGUGAAGGCACCACCUCAUUCCCCAGUGUGGUGCCCUAUAAAAAUUAGUCUGAGGGCUCGGGGAGGGGCAUGGUAUGCAGUUAUCCACCAUGGGAAGCAUGAAGGUGCAUCAGUUGGCACGUGGACUCAUUUGGGAGCACGAACCCUCCCUCACGCUCGGCUUCAAACGCUUACGACCUCUUGCUCCUAAGCUCCACAACACUACCCACUCUCACUCUCUUUCCUCUUUCGAUCUCAACUCCUUCAUCAGACCCGAAAGCGGCCCCAGAAAACUCCCUUCCCCUCACCUUCACGUCAACAAAGAUUCUCCACCCCAGGUGGAAACGCACCCAGGAGGAACGAGGUGGAAUCCGACGCAGGAACAGAUAGGGAUAUUGGAGAUGCUGUACAGGGGUGGAAUGCGAACUCCGGAUGCUGAGCAGAUAGAGCAGAUCACUGCUCAGCUAGGCAAGUACGGCAAGAUCGAAGGCAAGAAUGUUUUCUAUUGGUUCCAAAACCACAAAGCCCGUGAACGACAAAAGCAGAAACGCAACCCUAAUACCAGUACCACUUCUUCUAGUCCUCCGCCUGCCACUGCCAUUCCUUUUACUUUAGAGACACGGGGCCCAGUAGCAGAGAUAGAGCAAGAUAACCCGUUGAGGAAGAAGUGUAGGAGCUUGGCGUUUGAGUGUUUUCAGUUAGAAGAAAGCAGAUUUUUACGUAGAGAUGAGGAAUAUACAACUCUGGAGCUUUUCCCGUUGCACCCGGAAGGCAGAUGAAGGGGUUUCGCGCUAUUUAUGUUCCUACUUCCUCAACUUCACUGAUUUCGACAACUAGCGACUUCUUUAAAAUUGUGCUUUCGUUGUCUCCUUUUCUUUCUGUUGGCAAAUUAACAGGUAGCACAGAGCGGUCUGUCUGUACUGCUCUACUGCUCAAUGUACUCAGCCACUAUUCCUGACUUUAAAAAUAUGGAAGCGCCAUUUGUGUCUCUA